AUGUCGUGGUUAAGAACGGCGGUGAACAGGGCAGUGGAGGUAGGAGGUCAAAACCAGCUCCGUCGCACCGUCCGCAGCUAUGCUGAUUCCGUUGUUGUCCACGCCGGCAAUGCCGUUGCGGGUGGCGCCAGGAUCCUCCAAGACCGCAUUGGUAUGAGGAAUCUACAAGGUUUUAAGCAUACAGUAAAAAGAUUAGAAGAAGUGUCUGUUUCGUGUAGAGGGGUUGAAAGAGUUCAACUAUUGAGAAGGUGGUUGGUUGCUCUUAAAGAAGUGGAGAGAUUAUUAUCAUCCACUUCUGAAAGCACAAGAGAACAACGUCAUCAUUAUUCUCCUACUAGUAAUUUUGAUGAUAAGGAUAAUUCUCCUAAGAAACCUACUUUGGUUCUUUAUGUUGACUCUGCUGGAGAUGUACCCAGAAACUUUCUUGAUGUUUUUCUCUAUAGCCAAGCUCUUGAAGGCAUCACAUUGUCCAUGAUUCUUGAAGCACCCAAUGAUGAAGAAGUUCCCCUGCUAAUGGAGAUAUAUGGGCUUUGUCUCACAGGAGGGAAGGAAGUACAUAUUGAUGUAAUGAAAAGAGUGCAGGACUUGGCCGAGGCUUUCUCAGGCUGCCAUGAAGAAGUAUUGAUAAAACGUGAAGAAUUGCUCCAAUUCGCUCAAGGUGCUAUAGCGGGGCUGAAAAUAAAUGCAGACAUUGCACGAAUAGAUGCUGAAGUCUGCAGCAUAAGGGAAAAGAUUGAUAAACUAAAGACUACAGAUGGUGAAACAGCUCUUGAAACUGAACCAGCACUUGAUGAAAUUCAACUAUGUUUCAAUUUGGAGGCUCUCUUGCAGAAAAAAAAGUUACUGAGAAAUGGAGACUCUCCAGAAAUACAUGCUGAAAAGGUUUAUAAACUGAAAAUAUUAUUAGAAUCACUAGCCAACUCUACCUCGAAAGCUGAAAAACGCAUUUUAGACCACAGAUCUCAUAAAGAAGAAGCUCUUAGCUUUCGUGUGGCUAAAUCGGAUGAAGUUCAUCAUUUUGAGAAGGAAAUGGUGGCAGAGAUCAGACAACUUGAGAUACAAAGAGAUGAACUUGAAGCUGAACUGAAAAAGGUUAAUACCUCAUUGGCUGCUGCUCAUAUGCGCCUUCAUAAUGUAAGGGAAGAAAGAGACCAGUUUGAUGAAGCCAGUAAUCAGAUUCUUGUACACUUGAAAACAAAGGAAGAUGAGCUGUCAAAAUCCAUUGCUUCAUACAGAGCAGAAGCUGAUGUUGUCGAUACUUGGAUCAAGUUUCUGGAUGAAACUUGGGUUCUCCAGACCUCAUAUACAGAUCAAAAAGAGAAGCAGGUCAUGGUUGAACUGGAGAGAUGUGGAGACCGUUUUGUGAGUUUGGUUGUACAUCUUCUCUCUACAAACAAGGAAAAGUUGGGGUCAUCGUUCACUCGAAUCAAGGAACUCAUGGAGAGCUUGAAUAAAAAUCAAGGAUCCGAAUUAUCACUUGGUAAAGAUGAUGAAAGUCCAAAAUCAUUAAACCCAAAGAAAGAUCUUGAAAAGGAAUAUGUAGAUAUUGAAGCCAAGUUUUUAACCACAAUUAGUGUAGUGGAAACCAUUAAAAAUCAGUUCUAUGUCCAAACUGAAGGCAUUUUCAGGAAAGAAGAUGAUAAGGUAAAAGACCUUUUUGAUGCCAUUGAAAACUUAAGAGAUGAGUUUGAAUCCAUAGAGAGACCAAUAUUGAAGAUUGAGACUCCAAACAAAAAUUCUAUGAACAGUAAAAGUCCAUCCACAAAAAGCAUACAUGAAGUAAUUCAGUCUUCACUGAUAAAAGAUAAGAUGACACUGAAAUCUGAGGAAAAUUUAACAGAACUUGACACAGAGCUGGGAAACGAUGGCAGAAGUGACUCAGCAGAGGAGAUCAAUGACUGGGAGUUUGAUGCUUUUGAAAAGGACUGAAAAUAUAGAGAUUCUUAUGUAUGUAAAAAUGUAUUUAUUAUAUGUAAUAUAUGGUAUAUAUGACAUGUCACUGAUGUCAAUCUCUUUGUGGCAUGCCUUGAGGAGAAACCAAAUAAGCAGCAAUUUUCAAAAGAGUACAUUAUUACAUGUAAGCCAAAGUAUGAAGUGUCUUAGUUAUUUUUGUUAUGUUAUGCACUGUUGGGUCUUCCCAACCAAGGAUUGUUUUUUAGUAGUAACUUGAAUUGAAUCAAAGUUGUCUACUAACAAAGCUUGCAACUUUUUCUUAGGUUUUUGUUUGUUA